UCCCGGACAACUUGAACCUCAUUCCGUCAUCCCACCCCGGAAACUCACUUAUGAUACACUGAGGAGUACUAUUCUCAAUUUUUACGACAGUUACAUUUGUAGCUAUUGCAGCUGCUGGUCUGCUGCAUAAGCUUCCUUUCCAGCUUCGAGACGUCACGUCGUAGUCUCUCCUCUCAGUAGAGGUACCAUCAUCCUUCCUGGAGCGGAGGCUUCAGCGGACGGCCGCGCAGGAUCUCGACGACACCCCUUCCCUUUUUACAACCACGACAUGGAGACUCCCACACAACAACCGUCAACGGGCGGUAAUGAUGUUGCCGCCUUCAAGAAGUUCGAUGCCUAUCCUUGGAUCAAGGACCGUUCCUUUCUUCAAGGACUGGUAGCCAUGCUGGGCCCUCUCUCAAACGGUUUCGAGCGCCAAAAGGCUCUCGGCAUCUCUCUCCAAGCCCGCGUCUGGUGGUACAAGUCCCGUUUCAACAUCGAUAUCGACCGGUCCGCCUACGAGAACUAUCUUCUUUCUUCGUCACCUUCUUCAGCGCCCUCGCACUCACAGAUUCCCAACUCACCCGUCGACGCCCAGCUAGUUGACAGGCUCGCCGAGAUCCAGCAGCUCAUGGGCACCACCCCUGCUUCAGCAUCAGAUGACGACCUACCCGCUUGGCAAGUCCAGGCUCCCAAGGUGGAUCUGCUCAAAAAGGCCGAUGAUGGUGACGCCGAUGGCGCGGAAAGAGGUGCUGAUGGCAACGCUCCCUACCCGGAGCGUUUCAAUACCAUCAUCGAGCUCAUCACGAAUGGGACGCCGGUCCCUGGCAUUAAGGAUAUUCCCAAUACGGUUGUUAGGCAGCCUGGUAUCUCCCCCAUCGGAAAGAUGCAAGCUCCUCAGAAGCCUUGGGAGAAGAAGCAGCAGCAGCAGGCUUCUUCCGGCGCUGCUGCCGCGAACCCCGUCACUACCGAGGUCCUGAUCGAUCGUGAAUUCCCUCCCCUCCCACCUGAGGAGGAGGAGGAGGCAGACCAACAGCAAGAGCAGCCGCAGAAGAUGGAAGCCUAGUCAGUCUCCAUCCCUGACGGCUUGACCAACUCCAAGAGCGCGGCGCAUAUCAUGACUGAUCGUAUUUUCAUGAUUAGACGUCAUUUCCUGUUGUCAAACCAAGUGAAGUAUCCCAACCAGAUGAUGAGCUCUCGUCCCAUCACGGGCAAGAAGAUGAUGUUGCUGCACAGUGAGCAAGGAGUGCAUAGCAUUGUAUAGAGGGAGUUUUCGGCAGAAGCUUUACUAUUUGCGUAUAUAUAAAGGGGCAGAUGGCAAUGCUCGCUAUGGGAAUUCUGCACGUUUUCCCUGAUAGAAGACCCUUUAUCAUGAUCUGGCAAAUCAAAAGACAUGGGAGGUUCUUGAGUGGAUGUGGCAGUCCAUUGGCAGAGGGAUAAUAAUGAGCAGAUGGCAAUGCUCAGCUCACUGGCGUUGUUUAUACAUGGCUUUGUGGGAAGACAUGCAUCACGUUCUGGCGCAUAUAGAUUUGAGUCCUUGAAAUUAAUUGAGGCAUUGCGCAUU